UUUAUAACGGUUUGACACUUUUUUAUAUGAAAGAUGAUUAUUAUAAAUUAAGCGUACCCAGCACACAUUACUAUUGAUAUUCGAUAUGACCUUCUUUUCUUCGAUGUAUGUAGGUGACGAUGACGUAAUCAGCCGGCGAUUACGCCCUCAAGGUAUAUGUUGUGGUUGGUGACAUCUUCAACCAUACGGUCGAGGGAGAGUGCAUUAUAGUUCUUAGUACUAUUGACUGCUAUUACUCUUAGUCACUGAUGGUACUUUCUGAUUUUAUAUACAUAGUUGAUCAUAGAAAACGGGCGCCGUCGAUCUCCUCAAGGCAGCAUACAAUGGUUUGGGUUGGUUUCACGGAAAGUAUGCUUCAUAUUACAUUUCUUUUACAAACAUACAUAUUUGAUCAUAAAAAAAAAGACUGCCGCCGAAUUCUUUAUGGGAAGGUACUAAUGCCGGCAACAGAAAACGUCAUGACGUGCUUUAUACUUUUUCUAGAUUUCUACAGUGCUGUGCCUUUGGAGCGGACUUUGUUUUACAUGGCUAGUAUAGCAAGCAGAACAAUAUGUGUGCGCACGGACGUCGAUUUUGCGGCAUAAAGUAUAAUUUGAUCGCCUGUGGUUUUGUAUAAAGCGGUUCUGUAACUGGAAAAAAGGUGCUCUUACAGACACUCAACGU